UUUUUAAAAAAAAAAUUAUUAGUGAAAUCUAUUGCUCUGUCUUCAUCAAUGGCGCUUAAGUUGUAUGGAUCACCCAUGUCCACUUGCACCUCUCGUGUUCUGACCUGUCUGCAUGAGAAGGACUUAGAUUUUGAGCUUGUCAUAGUUGAUCUUUUCGCCGGCGAACACAAGCAACCUCCUUUCCUAGCCAAAAAUCCCUUUGGUCAGAUUCCAGCACUUGAAGAUGAUGAUCUUACUUUAUUUGAAUCUCGAGCAAUCACAUCGUACGUUGCUGAAAGAUUCAAGGAAACUGGCUACGAUCUUAUAAGGCACCAAAACAUCAAAGAAGCUGCACUGGUGAAGGUUUGGGCAGAGGUAGAAUCCCAACAAUUCCACCCUGCGAUAGCACCGAUUAUCUUCCAAUUCUUAGUGGCUCCACUUCAAGGCAAUUUACCUGAUCAAACAGUCAUUGACACCAACCUAGAGAAGCUAGGAAAAGUGCUUGACAUAUAUGAAGCUAAGCUGACUAGCACCAAGUACCUUGCAGGAGAUUUCUACAGCUUGGCUGACCUUCACCACCUACCAUAUGCGUAUUAUCUCAUGAAAACCCCUGCAGCUUCGGUGGUAAAUGAGCGCCCGCAUGUUAAGGCAUGGUGGGAGGACAUUUCCUCUAGGCCAGCUUUUAAGAAAGUGGCAGAGGGUAUGAAUUUUGGUGAGAAAUGAAACUUGAAGAGGGUUCUGUUGUUUUAGUUCAAGUAUUUUGACGAAUAUGCGUUGAUUGUGAUCUUAAUGCAUUGAAACUUCGAAUCAAUUUAGGAAAAUUGUGGGGCAUUGCCCCAUGUGGCUGUCGUAGAAUAUUAA